CUCACAACGCAUCUUCAGGAUGGGACGCUACACCCUUCUCCUCCUCCUGGCCGGUUGCCAGCCAAUCGCGUCGUCGACGGUGCUGCAGACAGACUCGAUUCGUUUUGGCACGGGAAGCGAAGACUCGAUACAGGUCGGCGUAGAGAACAUCCAGCAGCCGUUUGCCUUCAUCGGCGGAGCGUUCACGAAACUCACCUACAGCGCAAACUCGAUGGACUUCGAGCUGCAGGCGGGCGGAUCUACCGCGACGGCUUGCCUCGGCUUCGACUCUACGGACGAGUCCGGAUUCAUCGGAACGUCGUCGGACGGCACGAACAACUUCGGGAUCGGAUCGAUCUCGGCGACGAAGACUUGCUCGAUCGGGGGCGCGACCUUGUCCAUCGACUGGACGUUCACGCUCUCGGCGUCCAACUCCAAGGCGCUCUCCCUGGCCAUCACCGUCUCGUCAUCAGGUGCCGCCGCCUCAGACGUCCAGGUCUGGUGGGGCACCCGCGACGAUUGGGUCGGGACGACGGACCGGCCCGCAAAGGAAAUUGGGUCCAUCACCUCGGGCUCGAGCGGAUUCACGUCCGCCGCCGGCACCACCGGCAAUGCUGUGCAGGUCACCUCAGGCUCGGAAGGCCUCAUCCUCUUCUCCGCCUCCCCGGGCGCCCGAGCCCUCCGGGCGUCCUGCUGCAAUUUUGACAACCUCGUCUCCCUGGACCCUCAGACGACAUUCAGCGGGACCGUCACCGACGACGGCUCGUACGGGCUCUUCCUACCCCUAGGCACCAUCCCAGACGGUGGCUCAGCCUCUGCGAGUGUGGCCUACGCCGCCGGCGCCGUUGCCGACCUCGCCACUGUGAUCGCGGAGGCCUUUCAGGCCGGAGGUGCGCCGUCGCUGCCGCCGUCACCACCAAGCCUGCCGCCGCCGCCGUCGCCGCCGCCCCCCUCGCCGCCGCCGCCGUCGGACGAUGACGAUGAAGAAGACGAGGAUGAGGACGACGACGACGACGACGACGAGGACAUGUGGGGCGAUGACGACGAGGGCGACGACGACGCAAAGUUCACCGGCUUCACCGCGUAAACGUUCCUCGCCUAGUCGCGCGAGAGGCUCUGUUCCAGCAAGGUGUCCCUGACGUCUCUCUGAGAGGCCAGUGAGGUGAUCCACAAGUGGCUGUCGAUCUAGUAGACGUGUGCGAGUUCCUCGCCUAGUCGCGCGAGAGAGAGGCUCUGUUCCAGCCAGGUAGGUGUCCCUGACGUCUCUGGCCGCUUGAGUGAGGAGCAGGAGAGAGAGAGCUUUUGUGGUGUUGGUGUACGCAAUAACGGGACAGGGUGGCUGUUCUCUC